AUAGAAUCGACUCGAUAUCAAAAUCAUAACACUGAGAGAGAAAAAAAAUGGCUGCAAAUGUGAUGAGACCGGCGUUUGCUUACACUGUUGUGUACGUUAAGGAUGUCGCUAAAUCCGUCGAAUUCUACUCAAGAGCCUUUGGUCACAACGUCCGUCGUCUUGAUGAUUCUCACAGGUGGGGAGAGCUAGAGAGCGGGCAAACGACGAUAGCGUUCACACCGCUUCACCAGCAUGAGACUGACGACCUAACCGGGAAGGUUCAGUCUACGCAAUCAGCCCGCGAAAGAGCACCCAUCGAAGUUUGCUUCUGUUACCCUGAUGUUGAUGCUGCUUUCAAGAGAGCAGUGGAGAACGGUGCGGUGGCAGUGAGCGAGCCGGAAAACAAAGAAUGGGGUCAGAAGGUCGGAUACGUGCGAGACAUCGACGGCAUCGUUGUACGGAUCGGAAGCCACGUUAAGUGAAUUACAAAACAAAGACUCGAUCACGGAUCAUUAACUAUAUAGUACAAGAUAUAUAUAUUAUAUAUAAUCUAUGCAUACGAAUAAUACAAGAUACUUUCGUACUACUCUUUUUCUUUUCUGGUUAAUGGAAAUUCGACAUGCAUGAAGCAAAA